AGAAGUUACAACAUGUUGAAUUUGCCCAUUUGUUUCCAUUUCUAAUCCCAGUUGUAAUUCUGGGGGCGUCGGUGGGCAUGUUUUAUACUUGGCCAUUCCAGUUAUGAUCUCUGAAUUCACCAAAUGGCAGUUAUCCACAACUAUAUUUCUGCUCAAACAAAUUGUUAUGAUCUGUCAUAUGAUUUGUUAAAGGUUAUAAGCCUGCCUGUAGGUAGCCUUGCACAAAUAAGUCUCAUUAGCACGUUAUGAAUUUAUCUAUGUCAAAUAACCCAAACGCAAUAUGUUUAGAAUUGAAUUCAAUUCCACAGUUAAUCUACUUUUGAAGCACUAGGAGUUUAGUUAUCAUCCUCUGGGAAAGUGAUUGGUUUUUGAAUGUCUUUUUUUUAUGAGGGGCUUUUUCUAAAUUGGACUAAAAAAGAUUAGUUUAAUUAAAAUAUUUCUUAACAUUAUACCAAUUCACUGACUGGAGUCAUGCACAAUGAUUUUGAACAGGCGUUAAUAGAUUAGAUGAACAGUAAACAAAGCUCUUGGCGGAUACAACAAGGAUAUUGUUGCUGUUUAUUUUCAUCCUACCCAAUGCAUCAGAUACGAUACGCUACUGGAUAAUUUCCGACCGAUAAAUUAUGCAUUUGAGGACAAUAACGUUUCCAUUGCGGGCGGAGCUUGUUAGUUUAUAAAGGAGGGUCGUACGGUCAUUCCAGUCUUCAGUCUUGCCCCUGAGUUUGAGUUUGGUGACCCUUGAUUCUAAGUUUCAUCUGACUGCCUCUCAGGACCAUGGAUAGCGCAGGACUGUUAUUUGGUCUCCUGUGCGUCUGUGUACUGUCCGCCAUCUCUAACGGACAGGUGUCAAAGGAAGUUUCGGCAGAAGAUGCUGGGCCACAGAACUCUGCAGUGUCUGCGGAGAGAGAUUUGUUGCAGGCAAUGGAGGCACUCCUGGGAAGAUAUCACGACCAGCUGCCAAGUGCGGAGAAAAGAGGCAUCCCCUUGUGUGCGAUGGGUUCCCGUUGUGCCAUGAGAUACGGACCACGCUAUGGGACUCUAUGCGACUGUGGCCGGGGGAGUAACUGCAACUCUUACCUUCUCAAGUGCAUAUAAGAGCUUCACCAACACCACAGCACAACUACCACUGUUCUACCACCAAGAGAUAUCUACCCGUGUGCGCAGUGUCCAAAAAUAUUUACUUGCGUUGUAAUUACCUUUGAGCAUGAGUAUGGUAUGAAAUGUACAAUGUUUUUUUAAUGUGUUUGUUUAUGAUGAUGUUUGUGAAUGUUGUAAACUUUAAUGGGAGAAAUAAAGGUAUACCUGUAAGA